AUGCCUAUUGCCACCACCCUCCACUACCAUCUGCCAGACGACCACACUGACAGCCAUGCCCUAAAAGUUUUCUCCCAACAGCCUCCUCCUAGUGGCCGGAACCCCUCACUAACAUGGAAUGAUUUGAUUCACAGGAAAGAGAAAAAGAUUAUGCUGUCUUGUUCGAAGAUUUCAAGUAGGAGAUCAUCUGAUAAUUUGUCAAAGAGAUUUGGAGGUAGUCCGAGGCAUUUGCGGCUGUGCAAGUAG